GUAUAGAAGAUUUGUUUGUAAGCUGAACAGUUCUUGGAAGGAAUCAUCUCAGUAACGAGAAGCAAAAGGUAUUGAUUUGUUUGUGCCGUUCCUCUAGGACUCCUCUUUGGCCGGAACUUCUAACGAGCCCUUUCACCAGAACAGAAGUGUUCGACGAAACCCUUCGAUGAAGCUCCAGACUUUUGUUUGGAAACCUCUCAGAUGCCAGACUUCAUUCUCAUUGGCCCUACUCCCUCCACCAAUCAUGGUUACGUGGACGCCCUGGCCCCGAAAGGAAGAAUAUGUUUUGUCCACUUCCAUGUGGCGGCCACGUCGGGUCCAGAGGCCACGUCGGGUACAGAGGCCACGUCGGGUACGCCUGCAUUCCUUCUGAACUCGCCGCCUGCUUGCUCCGCACUUGGUGAACGCCUUCCUUUCCGAACGUCUUGUCUUGAGUUGCCGUUCUGGUGGGGUGUAAAGUUUUUCUUUAAGUUUGAUUGGUAUAUCAGUACGUCGACACUUUGAGUUGAGACCAUGCAGGUGACCUUGUUUUUUCAUUGUCCAAGCUUCCUUGGAGACCGGUCUUGGACUAACUGGGAGACUGUUGCCUACACGCGAAUAGUCUCAACAAUGCAAGAUGUGCCACUUUGUGAGAGACGAGAUUUCCAAACGCACACACUCAUGUCGCAGUUCUAUUGGGGAAAGGUUCUGCGAAACGUAUCUGUUGCGGAAAUACACACCUUCGUGUCGUAUGUCCACGGUUUUUUAAAUGCUCAAUGCCUUGUGAAAAAAGAUACGAAAUAACAUGCCCUAUUUCCAACACACUGUUGAACCCCGUUCCUGACUGUUUGAAAUAACAUUACAAUUGCACUGGACCUUUAAAAGUGCCGGUGCCAUCAUUGUUGUUGUUGUUGUUGGUGGUGGUGGUGGUGGUGGUUGCUGCUUUUGCAAGGGGUGGCUCAACCACUGCCCAGGUGUGGGAAGAAGGAUUCGAUGCAGCAACAGGGUUGCUGUGCCGAGGGCUUGGUUUGUGACAAGGAUUCAUGGACGUGUGAGAUAGCCCUUGGGGAGCCAUGCCAGCGGAAGGAGAUCAAGAGGUUCUUCAAGAAGAACAUCAAGCCGGAUAAGUGCGGGGACAACUAUCGCGGACGCUGGAUCACCUGCGGGCAUCCAGACCCUCAUGGUGUGUCCCAUUGCUGCGUGAAGAGCUGGGUGCUGCAGGAGAAGGGGACCUAUUACAGGAAGGCAAAAGGCACGGAAUUUUACGAAAGCGCUGUUUCUUUUAGUCCUGUGGGAUUCCACAGGGGAAAUGCUCACCUUCCACUUGAGCUCAAUUCCUCUCGGACAUGCUGCAGUGAUUUCGCCUACAUCUACCCAGAUGGAUACGUGGCUUGCGCCGAUGACACCUAUGAGAACAAGAAGAUCGCACAAAAAUACGAACUCAAGGUCUUGACGACCUAGCUGCAGCAUGGCUGAUGUGCUGAAAGCGGAAAAAAGCCGCUGAGCGGACAUGAAGGGGAGACCCGGUCUUGGAGACCUGAUCCAAUCAUUUCAGCACACAUUCGUUCGCUCCCUCCGUACGUGCCGA